GAUAUGUUAGCGUAGCUUUAGCAAGUGACUGUAGAAAGGUCGUUUAAGUUUAAGAAUUGAUUUAAUAACCUCAUUUCUACCUGGAGAGGAAGGGUCAGCCAGCGAGAUAUGUUUUAUGUCCAUAUUGUGUUCGUGACACCAUCUCACUUUAGUUCAUGUCCAUUUUAGUUCGAUGGUGGUGUUGGUGUCAGUGAAACAAAGUGACGCUGUAACGAGGUGGAAGUGAUAGAUAGCUGCUUUUAAUUCCGCUGUGAGCGCGUAGUAAAUGACAGCUACUGUAUUCAUGGGCAACACACAAGUGCUGUUGUUGUCACCGGAAGUCAUGUGGAAAGACCCGGAUGAUGACGAGGAAAGACCCCGGAUGGAUGUUUGUUCUACGUUUUCAGGAAAGAAUGGCGGUGACGUCAAAAGCUACAAAGAUAUAUUAAUAGGAGCCUUGGAAUAUACUGGGCAGCACAGUGGCGCAGCUCGUAGCGCUGAGCCUUGCAGUCCGGAGGGUCCGGGUUCAAGACCAGCUCGGAACCUUCAGAAUGUACGGAGUUUGCAUGUUACUCCCUGUGCUUGCGCGGGUUUCCUCCGGGUACUCCGGUUUCCCCCGCACUCUAAAACAUUGCAAAACGAGGAUUGGCUGCUUGUUGGAACAAAACCAGGACAUCUUCUCCUGUACAGAAUCAAGAAGGAUGCAGCCACCAACCGGUUUGAGGUGACUUUGGAAAAGUCUAAUAAAAACUUCUCCAAGAAAAUUCAACAGCUGUAUGUCGUCUCUCAGUAUAAAAUUCUCGUCAGUCUUUUGGAGAACAACAUCCACGUCCAUGACCUCCUGACCUUCCAGCAGAUCACUGUGGUGUCUAAGGCCAAAGGAACCACGCUGUUUGCAUGUGACCUGCAGCAAUCGAGCUCCGGAGAAGAGAGCCUCAGAAUGUGUGUAGCGGUGAAAAGGAAACUUCAGCUGUAUUACUGGAAAGAUAGAGAGUUCCAUGAGCUGCAGGGCGACUUGGGUGUGCCAGAUGUUCCCAAGUCCAUGGCUUGGUGUGAAAACUCCAUCUGUGUUGGCUUCAAACGGGACUAUUACCUCAUUCGGCUGGAUGGCCGCGGCUCCAUCAAGGAGCUGUUCCCCACUGGGAAACAGUUGGAGCCUCUCGUUGCCCCGCUGGCUGAUGGGAAGGUGGCUGUUGGGCAGGACGACCUCACCGUGGUGCUUAACGAAGAAGGAGUUUGCACCCAGAAGUGCGCCCUGAACUGGACCGAUAUUCCUAUCGCCAUGGAGCACCAGCCUCCCUACAUCAUUGCGGUCCUCCCGCGGUACGUGGAGAUACGGACCUUAGAACCUCGGCUGCUGGUGCAGAAUGUGGAGCUGCAAAGGCCGCGCUUCAUCACCUCAGCAGGGCCAAACAUCGUGUACGUCGCCAGCAACCACUUCGUCUGGCGCCUGGUGCCGGUGUCGAUAGCCAGCCAGAUCCAGCAGCUUCUCCAGGACAAGCAGUUCGAGCUCGCUCUUCAGCUGGCGAAAAUGAAGGACGAUUCAGAUGGUGAAAAGAAGCAGCAGAUACAUCACAUCCAGAAUCUUUACGCCUUCAAUCUGUUUUGCCAGAAGAAGUUUGAUGACUCCAUGCAGGUGUUUGCGAAACUUGGUACAGAUCCCACGCAUGUGAUCGGACUUUACCCGGACCUGCUCCCUUCAGACUACCGCAAACAGCUGCAUUACCCCAACCCUCUGCCCAGCUUGUCUGGGGCCGAACUGGAGAAAGCUCACCUGGCUCUUAUUGAUUACCUCACCCAGAAACGUAGUCAUCUUGUCAAACAGCUGAAUGACACCGGCCCGUCCACAACGUCUCCGCUCAUGGAAGGAACGCCGACUAUUAAGAGCCGCAAAAAACUCCUGCAGAUCAUCGACACCACGCUGCUCAAAUGUUACCUGCACACCAACGUGGCCCUCGUCUCCCCCCUCCUUCGACUGGAGAACAACCACUGCCACAUUGAGGAGAGCGAGUACGUUCUGAAGAAGUCUCAGAAGUACAGCGAGCUUAUCAUUCUCUACGAAAAGAAGGGCUUGCACCAAAAAGCCUUGCAGGUCCUGCUGGACCAAUCCACCAAGGCCAACUCUCCUCUGAAAGGUCAUGAGCGAACCGUCCAGUACCUCCAACGACUGGGAUCAGAGAAUCUGGGGAUAAUCUUGGAGUUUUCUCCCUGGGUGCUUAAAAUCUGUCCUGAGGACGGCUUGAAAAUCUUCACUGAAGAUCUGCCCGAGGUGGAGACUUUGCCCAGAGACAAAGUGCUGCAGUUCCUGAAGGAAGGCUUCGUGGAGCUGGCCGUCCCGUAUUUGGAGCACAUCAUUUAUGUGUGGGACGAGAAGGGCCCCGAGUUUCACAAUGUGCUUAUUCAGCUGUAUCUGAGCAGGGUACAAGGCCUGAUGAAGCAGUACCUCAACUCACUGCCAGAAGGGGUUUCUGCCGUUCCUGCCGGCCAGGAGCAAGGUGAACUGGGAGAGUUCAGGAACAAGCUGCUGACUUUUUUGGAUAUUUCCACCAGCUAUGAAUCUGCCAGACUCAUCAGCGACUUCCCAUUUGAUGGGCUGCUGGAGGAACGGGCUCUGCUCCUGGGUCGCAUGGGUAAACACGAGCAGGCGCUUUUCAUAUAUGUUCACGUCCUGAACGACACCCGCAUGGCCGAAGAAUACUGCCACCGGCAUUAUAACAGUUCAGUGGAAGGAAACAAAGAUGUUUAUCUGUCCCUGCUGCGCAUGUACCUGUCUCCCCCUGACGCCCACUGCCUGGGGCCCAUUAAGAUGGAGCUCACUGAGCCUCAGGCCAACCUGCAGGCAGCUCUGCAUGUCCUGGAGCUGCACCACAGCAAGCUCAACACCACUAAGGCUAUCAAUCUGCUCCCAGCAAACACUCAGAUCCGGGAGAUUAAGGUCUUCCUGGAGAGCGUCCUGGAGGAGAAGGCCCAAAUGAAACGCUGCAACCAGGUGUUGAAGAGUCUGCUGCAGGCCGAGUUCCUCAGGGUGCAGGAAGAACGAAUCUUCCACCAGCAGGUUAAAUGUGUCAUAACAGAAGAAAAAACCUGCAGAGUCUGUAAGAAGAAGAUAGGAAACAGUGCGUUUGCCAGGUAUCCCAACGGCGUGGUGGUUCACUAUUUCUGCUGCAAAGAUCGCAGCGUGUGUCCCACUGAGCAGUAAAAUCCUCUUCUCACACUGACGAACCGCCCCCCCCUCGUCCUCCCCACACACACACACACACACACACUCCUCAUUCCCUGCUGCGGGCUUCGGCGCUCGGCCAUGUUGGAAUUGGAAAUAUGUUUGAAGGACUGCAGCGUUGGUUUAUUAUGCCCUUCUGCUGCCACAGAGCAGAACUGGAGCAGUGCUGAAGUUUCCCCCCUCUCGGCAUGCAUGAAGAAACAGGAAAACGUCCUGAGACGCUCAAUGGGGACGGAGAGAUGAAGAAUGAAAGAGAGAGUAAGAAAGAUCCAUCGAUCAAGACAAUCCAGAAGCAGGUGCCACUGUGACCACAUAAAGGAUUUGCUGCCUACAGGCACAGCGCCCUGGAAGCUGGGAUUGCAGAAGUAAGCGUGCUAUCUCUGAUUACUGCAGUUUAUUAUUAGUUUUUCAUUGUUUUCGUUUGGCUUUCACGUUCCCUCCACUACUGUAACUCAUCGUGGGCCUCAAACACGCCUCGAUAUGCCAUACUGAGUGCUACAGUACUGUUAAAUGCCUUCUGUGACUCUCAGGAUUGUACAAUGAAAAGAGAUGUCACUCAUAACGUUUUGUUGUGAAUAUAACAGACGAUAGUGUUUUCUAUUGAAUAGUGUCCAUUUAAUAUUAUUCAUAGGUCAAUCCUCAGUUCUUACCCAACGACAUCCACUGUUAUGUUUAAACAUUUGUGUUUUUUGUGGCUUACAGGUGCAUUAAUCAAAAUCCAAAUGUUUAUUCGGUAACACUUUAUUUGAAGGGGUGUGCGUAAGGCCGACAGGACACGGUUAUGAACACGAAGAAGUCUUCAUGAAUAUUUAUGACUGUUGUCAUAAAGAGCCAUUUGGUAAAUGACACUUUUAAUGCAGGUUUGCAUUAAAAGUGUCAUUAAAAGUGUCAACUUGGCAUUAUUUGGUAAAUAAUUACAUUUAUAUGCAGAAUUGCAUUGACACUUACAUUAAAAGUCAAUCAAAAGUGUAAACUUUGUCUAAAAAGUCUCAUUAUUUACCAAAUGACGCUUCAUGACUACAGUCAUAAACGUUCAUGACAGCUGUUAUAUCAGUCUUAUGAUUGACAUGACAUAAUAAAGUGUUACCGUUUAUUCCUGCUCCUGCAAUAUAAAUAGUCGCCGUCUUUUUAUCAUUAAUUGCUAUCUGUUACAGUGAAUGCGACAUAUUUAGGUCUGGACUGUUUCUACAAAACACACCAAAAAAAAAGACUCUUCUUCAAUAACCCCAGUGGUUAUAAAUCGGUUUUAAAACUGUAGCAGUAUUCACUCCAGACUUCUUUCGCUGUCUCAAGCGUUCAAUUGGAAGCUGAACGUUUUGUGGACUCUUCUUUCAAAAGGUCGCCAUCGCUCAGAUCGAAAAUGAACGACCCGCACUUUAAGUCUUUUUGAUUCUGCUUUUGCAAUACUGGGAUGAUACUAAACUUUAAAGAGAAAUGGUGGAUGUCUGCAUUUUGAAGGCGACGUUGUUCUGGAAACGUGUCUGCUGACUGUUUCUUCAGUGAGCAGCGCGGGAAGCAGAACAGUUUUCUUUAUUGAAAAAUAAAAAGCAUGCAAAUGGA